AUGGAGAAUAUCACCGCCGGAAUUGACGCUGUGUGCGCGCACGCGCGCGAGGUGGAGGAGGGGUUGUUGGCGAGCAGCCGGAACGGCAGCGGUGAUGCCACGUCAGCAGGAUGUGGUGAUUGGCCUGAGGCGUGCUGGCCCGUGCCGCACAUGCCCUUCGCCAUGCUGUCGGUAUGCAUCAUGCCUCACAUGGUCUACGCGCAUCGUGCCUCACAUGGCCUGCGCCAUGCUCUCCAUAUGCGCCAUGCUCUCCAUAUUCGCCAUGCUCUCCAUAUGCACCAUGCUCUCCAUAUGCGCCAUGCUCUCCAUAUGCGCCAUGCUCUCCAUAUGCGCCAUGCUCUCCAUAAGCACCAUGCUUUUCCAUGCUUUCCCAUCCUUGCUUGUCCUCCCCCCUCCCCCUUACUUUUCCCCCUUCCCCCGACGCAAGUAAAUCGUGUUCGCUUUGUCAUGUGUCUCCCAUUCCACCCUCUUCCCUCACCCCCCCCAUCAGGACUUCCCUCGGCGCAAGUACCUGGUGUUCGCCAUGUCAUGUCCCCUCCCAUUCCCCCGCCCCUCUUCCGCGUUCCCCCAUCAGGACUUGCUGCGCCGCAAGUACCUGGUGUUCGCCAUGUCAUGCCUCCUCCCAUCCCUCCCACUCUCCCCCCACCCUCUCCCUCCCCCCAUCAGGACUUCCCCCGGCGCAAGACUUCCCCCGACGGCGGUACCUGGUGUUCGCCAUGUCGGAUGACCUUUCUUCUGAUGCACCUUCACAUGCCCUUCCCCUCUUCCGCCCUUCCGCCCGUUCCCCCCCAUCAGGACUUCCCCCGCCGCAAGUACCUGGUGUUCGCCAUGUCGGAGGAGCAGCUGAGCAACGCGCGCACGCACAUCAUCGAGGCCGCGCGCCUCGCCCAGAUGUCCAACCGCAUCCUCGUGCUGCCCAAGGUGGGUAUGCAGGGGGGUGGUAGAGUGAUAGGGUAA